AUGGCGCCUAAAAGUAGCGUGUGGAAGUUUUUCGAAAAACACAAUAAAAAACCGAAUGAAUUGGCUGUAUGUGUUGUUUGUAACAAACACCUAAAAGCAUGUGGCAAUACAAGCAAUCUCAUAGGUCAAAUUAAAGCUAUGCACAAUGAUAUUUUCGUAACCCAUCUAACAUCUUCCGAAAAAGUGCUUAAUAAGACCGACGGCACCGAAGUAAAUAAAAAUGCAAGUCUCGUUCCCGCAUCUUCAGAACCUUGCCCAAGUACCAGCUCAUCACACCCAGUAUCUGCGCUAUCAUCAGGAUUUCAGCAGAAUUUGCAAACGUGUUUCGCAAAUAUAAGCUCUUUCAAGGACGGCGGUGAUAAAAUUAAUAAUAUAAUCACGUUCAACACCAGUGCACCACAAAUGGUGUCAGCUCUCGACAUGGAAGUUUUGAAGGAUUUUGUAGUUAUGUUCAAACCAAUUGAAUUUGCAACAAAAGAAGCUUGUGGUGACAAGUUUGUUACAUCUAGCAUCGUUAUACCAGUGGUUCGCUUGUUGCGAAAAAAGGUCAUGGGAGCUACAACCAAUACGAAUUUGGGAACAACAUUGAAGGGCAACAUCAUGAUAGAAUGGAACAAGCGGUUCAAAAACAUCGAGCAUCACUGUCAGUUUGCGAUGGCUACGAUACUUGAUCCGAGGUUUAAAAACAUCCAUUUCGAUGACAGUGUGGCAGUGGGGAUGGCAAUCCGGAAGUUGACAUCUGAAAUGAAGGAGGAAGAAGAAGAAACGUCAUCAGAAUCCGAUGUUGAACAAGUCAACCAAGAUGAUGAAAUUGGUGAUGGCUUUAGUCUAUGGGACGACCACCACAGGCUCGUACAGGAAAGUUGGAAAUCAAAAAAACGGAUAAGGACUGUAGAUGAACUAGGCACAUUAAAUACGAUGCCACCGGAAUUAUCAAUUUAUUUGAAGAGCCCAGUCGUUAAGCUAACGGAUUGUCCCCUGGAUGUGUGGCCAGAAGGAUACCACAAAAACUCUUCUUUGUUGGAAAUAGCAAUGAAAUACUUAACAGUGAUGGCAACUUCCGUGCCGUCAGAACGUGUUUUUUCCACCACGGGAAAUAUUGUUACCUGUAAAAGAAGUUGCUUAUCGGGAGAAAAACUGGACAAACUGCUUUUUUUACAAACUGUUAAUAGUAAGUUUUGGGGCUUACAGUGA